GUUUUCUUGCGGGGAACCACUAGAUGAGAAAAACAGAAUGAGUGAAUGACAGAACUUCACAGAGCGAUUUUUUUUCCCCUGAGCGCUUUUUUCCACGUAUACCUUUUCGGACAUGUACACAGAAGGCGGACAAGCGACGGCACACAGGCGAUUCAUCCACGGCCCGUGCCCCUGCCAACGCUGUGACCAGCACGGCGGGCUGAGGUACCAACCAGCGUUGAGCAAACAGGCUGACCACCAACAUCUGGAAGGCCGAAGAGACUUUCAGUCUCCUCGGGUUAAGGACGAAGGAUGGAGGACGCCCAGAGAAGACCGAGGCAAUCACUGUAGCCCUCAGAGAUGGCCUCGGUUCAUGGGGUCUGGCCCCUUACACCAGUCUAACGACCUGCCCCGACUUUGUCGUCCAUGUGAGUUGAACUCCUCCAGGUGGGAUUAUUUGCCAGAAGCUAGCGUGACACACUGUCCGUCUUUCAGAGAGUGUGUGGUGACGCACAGCCACCCCAAGGCACACCUCUUUAAUGGCGGGAUUCCACACCCACUCCCUCAUUUACGGGUCAAAGGACAAGGGUGUGGCUAUAGUAGGACGGUCCAAUAUAAUGCAUUUGUUGGCAACAGAGAGGAAGGAUGUGCACAUUUUGCCGGAAAUGACCAUUUGAAGCAAAAUAAUUCCAGUUUGGAACAAUUACUUGUAGCUAAUGGGCAUUGUGGACCAAAGCCUGGACCCUCCAAAGGAAAAGAGGGAAGCAAUACCAAUCAGGACUCAGGUAAUUCACCGGAGAACUGUAAUGGACACUCCCACAAAAGUUUCUUCGCAACUGAAGUCCCACAGAAACACUUAAACCAAAAGAAGGGGCCUUCUGCUCGACCCCCAGCCAUCAUCAACUCGGAUGUUGACCAGAACCAGCACCAAGGUGUGGGUUUGGCAAAGCAAACGAGAGGGCAUGAUGCGGUGAAGGAUCAGAUCCGACAAGUGGUGACAAAUCUAGAGGACGUCUUGGGCGGUUUAAAGCAAGUUCAUGUGGAGAUGAAAGAGGUCAUCAAGCAGAUCGAUUAUCUCACGGCCAGCAUCGACCUCAGCGAGAAACCACCCAGCAUCACUUGCGGGUCUUCCAAUAAUAUUCACGCCUCUACUCAGCAAAGAGAACUCAGGAGGUCCCCGCCGCCUGAUCACAAGCACAUCCCGGUCGAGGGGUCAAGGCAUUCGGACGAAGAACGCAUCAUCUUACGAACCAACUCCCCGUCGCCCAUUCAUAUGGCGUCUGUGGUCAAAACCCGCUGCUUCACCCCACCCGACCACAGCAAGGACGCCAAACACGAGAGAUCCAAUGUGAACGGGAACCCUGCAAACCACAAAGCGGACACCUCAGAGCCCCGUUCGCUGAACCUACAUUCCAAAGUUGUCAUCAGGAACAGCACGGUCCAUUCAAGAACACAAAAGCCUCCGCCGCACCCGCGGAAUGGACGGUGCGGCAACACUUCAAACCCUGUGAGGGCCCUUGAAUACGCCUGGAAAGGCCACCAGAACGGCAGCAUAGUGUGAAGAAGGGGACAGAGAGUGCGGCGGUUGUCUGCCCCGGUGCCAUUGGGGGGGCUGAAACAUGAGACCCUUCUGCAGUGAGUGGGGGGUCAGAGUACGAGCAAGCAGGGGCACAACUCAUGCAGGAGCUGACGCCACUCAGACGUUGCAGCUGUCAGUCGGAAACGGAACGUGGUCCGAGGGUGGAGGAUGUUUCCCCCUACAGAAACCUCGCACAGGGGCUUGAGCGUGGAAGUGAUUUUUUUUGGUUCUGGAGCUGGCAAAUAACAUGACGAAUACACUGCAACCAGAACGCGUCUGAUGCAUACUUGCCAACCCUCCCGGAUUUUCCGGGAGACUCCCGAAAUUCAGCGCCUCUCCCGAAAACCUCCCGGGACAAAUUUUCUCCCGAAAAUCUCCCGAAAUUCAGGCGGAGCUGGAAGCCACGCCCCCUCCAGCUCCAUGCGGACCUGAGUGACGUCAGGUGCGCAACACCACGUAAAUCGUUGGCCAACCAAAAAGUAACCCCAGUACGCUAUAGCCAACAUUCACCAGGAGAUGGCAACAGACAAACAUAGAUCACUCUAUUACAUUAUUCCCCUUUUAGAAAUGUAUAGAAGUUACUCAAAAUAAAUAAACAACCCAACCAAAAAAUGCAGCAGCUCAAUUAAAAAACUGUACUCAAGCCACAUUCUUUUUUUUUUUUUAGUACUGAACUCUUAACCCUCAUUUGUAAAAAAAAUAACAUGCUUAUUAUACAAACAGUAUUUGUACAUCUUUAACACAGAUUGUUAUACUGAUUCAGUUUUUUUUGGUGGUACUCGAAACCUUUCUGGGUACCUGCGAAAGGGUGUUCAGCAUGGUUAGAAAAAUAGUGACAGAGAAUAGAACAAGGAUGGACAAUUCAACCCUUAACUCAACAAUGAGUAGAUGAGUUAUGUGUGUGUAUAUGUGUAA